AGUCACAGAAGAUCCUCGGGGGACGUAUUGGAAUUUUAUCUUUUUAUCACAUUUAUUUUGCAAAUUUAAUGAAUUAAAGUUAUCUGUGUGAACUAUGUCCUGGUUAUUUGGGUAUAGCACGAAGCCUCCGCAGCCGCCAACCGAUGACCCGUCGAGUAAUAACGGGGGUGCGGCGGCACCCCCAGUUAACCUCACAAAAGCAGAAAGGAAAGCAAUGGAAGCUUAUCGGUUUGACUCCAGCGCUCUUGAAAGAGCUGCGCAGGCCGCUAAAGAGUUGGAGCAGUCCAGACAUGCAAAAGAUGCAUUGGAGCUCAGCAAACUUCAAGAAGCCACACGGCAACAAGAGCAGAUGGCGAAGAUCAAGGAAUAUGAGGCCGCCAUAGAGCAGUCCAAGGUGGAACAGAAAAGAGUUGACUAUGAAGAAAGAAGAAAGACCUUACAGGAAGAAACAAAGCAACACCAAAUGCGGGCACAAUAUCAAGACCAAUUGGCAAAGAAGCGUUACGAGGAGCAGCUAGUCCAACAACAGCGGUCACAAGAUGAGAUUUUGAAAAAACAAGAAGAAAGUGUUGCGAAGCAAGAAGCAUUACGUCGUGCUACAAUAGAACAUGAAAUGGAACUCCGCGAGAAAAACAAACUUAAGGCUAUUGAAGCUGAAGCAAGAGCCAGGGCAAAGGCUGAUCGUGAAAAUCGUGACAUCAAUCUUGAGCAAAUCAGAUUGAAGGCUGCUGAGAACCGUACUACUAUUUUAGAGAGUAUAAAGACAGCAGGCAGUGUCAUAGGAACCGGGUUAAAUGCAUUAGUGACAGAUUGGGACAAGACAUUGGCAGCAGCAGGAGGCCUGUCACUUGUAGCACUCGGAGUUUACACCGCCAAAGGAGCUACCUCAGUCACUGCAAGAUUCAUUGAAGCCCGAAUUGGUAAACCAAGUCUCGUAAAUGAAACAUCGAGAUUCUCUAUACUGGAAGCAGUGAAGCAUCCCAUCCUGACGGUGUCGAAGGCCGUAGCGAACUUCCGCAAGCCGUCGGACGCGCUGGCCGGGGUGGUGCUGGCGCCGACGCUGGAGCGGCGGCUGCGCGACAUCGCCAUCGCCACCAAGAACACACGCAUGAAUAAGGGCUUCUACAGGAACCUUCUCAUGUACGGCCCGCCUGGUACCGGCAAAACCUUGUUCUCUAAGAAACUCGCGAAGCACUCGGGCAUGGAGUACGCAAUCCUGACGGGGGGCGACGUGGCGCCCAUGGGCAAGGACGCCGUCGCCGCCAUCCACAAGGUGUUCGACUGGGCCAACACCAGCAAGAAAGGUGUACUCCUAUUCAUCGACGAAGCGGACGCAUUCCUUAGAAAACGCUCCUCCGAAAGGAUUAGUGAGGAUCUACGGGCGGCUCUGAACGCGUUUCUAUACCGCACGUCAGACCAGAGCAACCGCAUCAUGCUGGUGCUGGCGUCCAACACGCCGCAGCAGUUCGACUCCGCCAUCAACGACCGUCUCGACAAGAUGAUCGAGUUCGGGCUGCCAGGCCUCGAGGAACGCGAACGUUUGAUCCGCCUGUACUUUGACAAGUUUGUGCUUCAGCCUGCUUCUGAAGGAAAGAGACGGCUGAGCGUGGACCAGUUCGACUACGGCGAGCUGUGCAGCCUGCUGGCGGCGCGCACGGCCGGCAUGUCCGGGCGAGCGCUCUCCAAGCUCGGCGUGGCGUGGCAGGCCGCCGCCUACGCCUCCGACGACGGCCGCCUCACCCGGGACAUGUGCAUCGAAAUAUGCGAGGAUGCUGUCAAGGAUCACCGGCAGAAAAUGGAAUGGCUGUCUGCAGAGGAAAAAUCCCGCAGCAUGAUGCCGUAUUUGCUGGAUCUCCCUCCGCUGGAUACGGAGGCGCAGCACGCUGACAGAGCCACGGUCACAGAGAUCCAAGACACUAUUGAAGCUCCCGUCGCUAGAUCCAAAGCGCCUCCCAAAAAAAGGGCAACAAUCAAAGAGAACGAAACCGAGAAGUGACACAGUCUAGUUCCGAGUAACGAACUAGAAAGGCCAAUAGAACUUCCAAAAGUAAACAUCAGCAAAACACAAGUGAACUGUGAUAAUAAGCACAAACAGAAGUUUGACUUUAAAAUUUCCAGAAACAUUAAA